UAAUGGUUCAUAACAUGACUGGAAUUUUGACAGAAUGAGUAUGGAAACUUACUAGACGUUUAACGUGUGAACCGUGAACUACUUAUAUCAAGUAAAGUGUGCACAAGGAAAAACUUGAAAAAAUCAAUGAGACUAAAACGAAAAAGAAACCCUAAAUUAGUCUAAGUCAUUUCGGAACCAUGCUGAAAGUUCCGAAGGUGCUCAUAAUUGGUGCUGGACCAGCUGGUAUAGCAGCCGCUGCAAAGCUCGUUGAGAAUGGCUUCAACAAUGUUAUUAUUUUGGAAGCAGAGGGUAGGAUUGGAGGAAGGAUCCAUUCCGUAGAAUUUGGAGACGGUUUUGUUGAUCUUGGUGCUCAGUGGAUCCACGGCGAGAAGGGCAAUAUCGUUUAUGAAAUGGUCAAAGAUCUCGACUUGGUUUCCAAGUCCCAGAAUGACUAUAACAGCUUCACAUUUUAUUUAUCAACAGGAAAGAUCGCAGAAAGACAUACAACUGAAAAGUUAUUCAAUAUUUUGAAGACAAUUGUGUUUCAAGAUGGGGAGUGCAAUUAUAAUGGUUCAUUUAAAGACUAUAUUAAGGAACAAUAUACCAAGAGAAUACGUGAACAGUUUGCUAAUGAAAAAAAUAUCUUAGAACUAUCAAAGGCAAUGGAAGAUUGGUUUUGUAACUAUUAUAUCACAUAUGAUGCAGCUGAGAGCAUAGAGGAUUUCUCCGUCAAUAACACCAUUGGUAGUUAUAUGGAAUGCGAAGGACAUCCGACAAUCAAUUGGAGAAAAAAAGGCUAUAGGACACUUUUGGAUGUUCUAAUGAGAAAGUCUCCCAACUUUUCAACAGCACUGCCAGUAGAAGAAAAAGUACAAUUGAACAAGAAAGUGACAAAAAUUCUGUGGAAUGAACCAAACUGUCCUAACAGUGUUGUGGUGAAGUGUUCAGAUGAUUCCUCUUAUGAAGCUGAUCAUGUAAUUGUGACCGUGUCUCUGGGCGUACUGAAAAACUCCCAUUCAGACAUGUUCUCCCCAUCACUACCGCCAUACAAGGUCAGGACAAUCGAGGGCCUUUAUUUUGGUAACCUUGUUAAGAUAUUCCUUCAAUUUAGAACCCAGUGGUGGCCCGAUGACUUCAAAGGAUUCAGUUUCCUGUGGAUUGAAGAUGACAAAGCUAGGCUACAGGAAGAGUGCCCUUACUUUGAACCUUCGAAUAAUGGAAGAUCUUGGCUGGAAGACAUCUGGGGAUUCUAUGCUGUGGAUAACCAUCCAAGAGUACUACUAGGUUGGCUUACCGGUAGAAACUCUAAACAGGCAGAACUCUUGCCUGAAGAGGUCGUAAAAAUUGGAUGUAUGUUUCUUCUGAGAAAAUUCGCUGGUGACAUUUACGAAAUACCGGAGCCUGAAGAUAUAUUGAGAUCUGCGUGGAGCAAUAAUCCAAACUUUCGAGGUGUAUAUUCAUACCAUGGCGUGGAGACAGACCGAUUAAAAGUUGCUCCGUCGGAUCUGGCAGUACCUCUUUCAGCACCAGGUGGUAGUGAAUUGGUACUAUUCGCAGGCGAAGCAACUUCUAUGUACAGGUACUCGACUGUGGACGGAGCAGUAGAGACUGGUUUUCGGGAGGCGCAGAGAAUCAUCGAUGAGUACAGAAAUACUAUCCAUACAAAAAUCGUCAUAGUUGGUGCUGGCAUGGCAGGCUUGGGCGCAGCUUUGAAACUGCAAGAGCAUAAUAUUGACGACUUUAUAUUGAUUGAAGCUGAUGAAGAACCAGGCGGUAGAAUAAAGACUGUUUUCGUAAACGGCAAACCUGUUGACUUGGGUGCUCAAUGGUUACAUGGGCGAGAUAAUCCUCUGUAUAGAAAGUAUUGCAGCUAUGGGCUUUCAUGGAAUUUCUAAGAUAUUUUUGUUCUUCAAAGAACGUUGGUGGGGCAAUAUUAAAGGCUUCCAAUUUAUUUACGACUCUCAAAUGACUUUUGAAGGAGCAGAGAAAUGGGUAAAGUAUUUGACCGGCUUCGACGACGUUUUCAACCACCCGAAUGCUUUGGUAGGAUGGGUGGGAAGCGAAGGAGCUGAGCAAGUAGAAGGACUAGAGGAAUCUGUGAUUGGAAGAACUUGCGUCAAGCUACUGAGACAGUUUCUGCCCGGAUACGCCAUCAGCGAACCAACGCUGCUUAUUAGGACAAAAUGGUUGUCGAACCGCUUAACACUGGGUAGUUAUAGUCACGUGACGCCUGACUGUGACAAAGCAGUUGGAGUAGGCAUUGAGGGUCUCAGCGAGCCCAUUAGAGGACCAGAUGGAGUGCCCAGGAUACUUUUGGCUGGGGAGGCAGUUCACCUCUCUCACUAUUCAACCACACACGGGGCUUUUGAAAGCGGAACUGAACGCGCAGCUUGGCUAGCCGAAUACAUAAAUUCGACAAUAGAACCGCAUCAGUCCUAGUUAUGGUAGUGAACAUAGCAGAAAAUAAAGAUAAACUUGAGAGACAGUUACUCAAAUUUCAAGCUGAACAGUACUAAAAUGAUAAAAAUUCAAAAUAUUAUGUUUUAUUUCAUAGAUGAAAUCAACUUGAAAUUUCAAUAAUUUUCAACACCGAGUAUCUCGGCAAAGGAGCAUUUCAGAUAUUAUAGGAACUUUUCGUCCGAGUUUUGGGUCUACGGCCCUAGAAAUAUUGCCAUUGUUUUCUGAAUCAUCCUAUAUUCAGAACAACUGACGUCCAAAAGAGAAUCCAUGUAAAAUUAAAUACGAGGGUUGUCUCAAAAAUAAGGUUCCUACACUUUUUUCAGGCACAAGGAAUUUUUUAUUUGAAAAAGCUAUUUUUCUAUAUAGUUGCCAUAUUUUCUACGCGUUUUUUUUAGACUUGGAAUAAACUUUUUCACUUCCGCCUUAAAGAAUUUCGCGGCCAGUCCGCCUGGAAACUUGGUAACUGCACCUUGAAACUCCUCGUCCAUCUCGAAUCGUUGCCGCCUAGGUGCUCCUUUAUUUUCGGAAACGCUAUGUCAGGGCUGUAAGGGGGAUGAUCCUGAUACACCGAUCUUCAAGCAAGAUUUGCUCAAUCUUCGCCAUAACUUCCUCGAAGAUCGACGGCCUCCCAAUUCGUUGUUCAUCGUGGAUGUCCAUGCGGCCCUCAAAGAAGUAACUCUCUUCACCAUUUGAGGACACGUUGUGUUUCAUUCAACUGGCGAACUCAGCUGGCCGUGACGGCGAUGAAUGGCUCCAUUGCGCAUGGCUAUCAGACUGGUACUGUGCAUCGCCAGGAGGCGCUUCUUGUUGGGAUAGGUGGGGGGAGCCGACAAACACGUCGGUGUUGCCAGAUUUCGCCUAGUAUCACGCACGGCAAAGUUGCAGCGUUGGAAACCCUAUUUUUGAAACAACCCUCGUAUCUCAUCCGAAAAUGUAAUUUAUAGGAAGUCUUUGGUGUAGAAAAUAUUUUUAUGCUCCACAAAUAUAGCUUUUUUUCAAUCUCCAGCUAUAAACAUUCUACCAAAAAGAGAAUUACUACUAAGACAUACCUUUUUCAUACAUAAGUUGACUAAACUGUCGAAGUUUCAAAUAAAAAACAUUCUCAUUACUUCAAAGUCGACGUAUAGAACGCAGGUAUUUCCAGUUGUCGACGGUUUGGUCACCGCACAUUUAUU